ACUCACUGCCCACGGCCGGCCGGGCAGGGACAGGAGAAUGAGAGGCCUCCGCUGGCGUUACACUCGGCUGCCCAGCCAGGUGGAGGACACCCUGUCUGGGGAGGAGGGUAAUGAAGAGGAAGAGGAGGAGGAGGCAGCUCCAGACCCAGCUGCUGCUCCUGAGGACCCCAUGGUGCCCCAGCUGACGGAAGCCAGCCAAGUUUUGAGUGCCUCAGAGAUUAGGCAGCUCAGCUUUCACUUCCCACCAAGAGUCACCGGCCAUCCCUGGAGUCUGGUCUUCUGCACGUCGAGGGAUGGUUUCAGCCUGCAGAGCCUGUACCGGCGGAUGGAGGGCUGCAGCGGGCCAGUGCUGCUGGCGCUCAGGGACCAGGACGGGCAGAUAUUUGGAGCCUUCUCCUCCUCGGCUUUCCGACUCAGCAAAGGCUUCUAUGGUACUGGCGAGACAUUCCUCUUCUCCUUCUCCCCACAGCUGAAGGUCUUUAAGUGGACUGGAAGCAACUCUUUCUUUGUGAAGGGAGACUUGGAUUCACUGAUGAUGGGCAGUGGCAGUGGGCGGUUUGGGCUGUGGUUGGAUGGAGACUUGUUUCGCGGGGGAAGCUCCCCUUGCCCGACCUUCAACAACGAGGUGCUGGCCCGGCAGGAGCAGUUCUGCAUCCAGGAGCUGGAAGCCUGGCUUCUCAGCUGACAGCCCUGCGGCAACAGAAUUCUAUGAUUGAAGCCCUUAAAUGAAUUGUGCAAGGGAGGGAGUUUGUAAACAACUAACUAGAGACAUUCACAUUGGGUCAUCUUUAAAAAGCUGGACUCUGCUUUUGGAUGCUUCUCGGAGGCGAGUUGGGUUUUGGCCUGAAGCCCCGUAGUUCCAUUCCUUUUUUUGAGGUGUUAUGAGUGGGGCUAUAACAUCGCCAUCCUAUUAGGAAGAGAGAGAAAAACAGGGAACAGAGAAAAGCCAGUUUCCAUCAUCUUAUUUCUGAGUGAAAGUCUCAAGUGCGCACAUCCUCGUCUUGCAUACAGAUUGCUUCUAGGUGUCCUCACUCCAGGGAAACUCCAAAUUACAUAUGCCCUGUGCUUGGGACAAAUUAGAAACACUACAGUCUUAUGUAGGAAGAGCCUUCAUGAAAACAGCCACUGGCCUCUGCAGAGAUGACCGGAAGCACCAUACCACUGUCCACCUCUGUGGCCUCCUUCACACACCUUCACAGAGCACAAACCCUGUCCUGUUUUCCCAGGAGAAAGACAGGAUGCACUGAACCCCUAGGUUCUCUCUUGCCUGGUCCCCUCUGCAAUAAAUGGCCCAGGUCUACAAGAUGGCAAAGAAGGGGAGGAAGGACAGUAUGUACCUACAGAAUUUAAAUUUUUCUCUGCAUCAAAGCUCUAACGUUGGUCCCAUCAGCAUAGGCUCCAGCCAAAGGAGCUCCUCCACCCAAAAUGAGGAGAGAUCCAAAGGGAGGUGAUACAAUGACCUGAAACCAUAGAGGUAAGAAGCAAGGCCUCCUAAUACUUGACUCUAUGCUAAACUGUUCUGAACUUGUGGGUAGAUCCUUUUGGGUUACAAGAUGAUGCACUACCAGGAAUACAAUGCUGGUGGGAGGAUUCGUGCUCCUCAUCUGCCUAUUUGCUCUCAGAUCCAUUCUUCACUCUUCCUCUCCCUACUCUGUCUUACAGGAGCUACUCUGGUAAAUUACAUUUUUCAGCUCCCAUGCUUGUUGGUUUCCAGUUAGGUUUGGUCAGUGGGAGGCUCUGGUGGGAGACUGGAGGUGAGAAGAGGGCAGAGAAGUCAGGUUUUUUCUCUCCCUACCUCCUCUGGCACGAGCGGCAGUGGCAGUGACUCUUCUGUGGUUCUAGCUUCUGCAGGUGGCCCCAGCUCCUGGACUGCCACCUGCUCCCUUGGUCUCUCCUAUCCUAGAGGUGGUAGCAGCUUCCUGCUGUUGAAUCACUGUCCUCUGUGCUCAUUUAGCUCUGCCAAAACUUUUGUAUCUCAUCCCCCAUGUUAAAUUUUUUCUGUUGAAGUACACUGGAUCUGAGUUGAUAGAACCAUUAAAAAUAGUUUUU